CAUACGCGGCCCUGUGGAGCCGCUGCCAUCUGCCAGCGCCUCCACACCCGCUCCCAGCGACCCUCCAAGGCACGUCACUUCAACUGGGUCUACUUCACACCGUGGUCCGGGUGGAGCCCCUGCUCCCGACGCUGCGUCACCCGGCGGACCAGGAAGUGUCAGUACCCGCAGUUUUGCGGCGCGGCGCGUGUCAAGGAUACCACCUCCUGCUCAGUGUCAGGGGUCAGGUGUCACCGCCGCAGGCAGCGGAAGCGGAGUCGCAAGGAGUUCUACAAGCAGAGGACCACGCAGAGACCGGCCGAGGCGCGGCUGGUCACCAGCGGAGAUGUCAGCAGCAACAGCAGCACCAAUAGCAGCAUCAGCAGCAGCAGCACUAAGAGCAGCUCCACGGCGGCCGCCGCGGGCACGUGCGGUGUCGGCGGCGGGAGCUCGGUCCGCCGUCUGCUGCGGGUGGUGGGCGGACGGAGGUCCAGUCGAGGCGCCUGGCCCUGGCAGGCGGUCAUCUUCAACCAGUUCAUGGAGCCGUUCUGCGGGGGAACCCUGGUUCACCCCCAGUGGGUGCUGACGGCCGCUCAUUGUCUGCGCCGCCUGCUCUACAUCCGACUCGGGGAGUACGACCUCACCCGGCCAGAGAACAGCGAGAGGGGAUUCAAGAUCACGCCCAGCAUGGUGAUCCAGCACCCGCGGUACGACCCGGAGACGGUCGAUAACGACCUGGCUAUGAUCCGGCUGCGCGCACCUCUGAAGCCGUCCGAGGCGACCCCCGUGUGCCUGCCGCGGGGCCGCCACCCCCGGCCGGGCACCAAGUGCACCGUGGCCGGCUGGGGGAAGACGAAAAUCACUCACCUGUUCGGAUCGGACGUGCUCAGAGAGGCAGAGGUGCCCGUGGUGCGCGACUCUCGGUGCCGCGCCACCUAUGCCGACUACCACAUCACCAGCAACAUGUUCUGCGCCGGCUACAAGAAGGGACGCGUGGACGCCUGCGCCGGCGACUCCGGAGGGCCGCUCGUCUGCAAACAGGGCGACGGGUGGUCCAUUUACGGUAUCACCAGUUUUGGCGAGGGCUGCGGCGCCAAGGGCAAGUACGGCAUCUACGUAAAACUGGCCAAUUACCGCAAGUGGCUGCGUCACGUGAUACGGCGCUACACCAAUCAGAGGCGAGCGCGCAGGCGGCGCUCCAAGGUCGCCCUGCGGCGCCCGAGGCUCAAGGUCAAGCGGCCGGCCAAUCAGGAGUCGUGAUGUUAUACGGAGGGUAUCGGUUCGAAUCUCGACAGCGCCGUCCUUCUUUUUUGAUAGACGAUUUGUCGGGACUCAUCCCCGGGAGGACAAUGGUGACUGACAGUGUUUGUGACUCCUGUGCCUCCUUCUACGCAUCACUUACUGUCCGAAUUAUGUUUGUGAGAAGCCUGUAAAUGGCACGUGAAUGUCCCCUGCCGGCGCGCUGAACUGAAGCGGGUGGGAUGUAAAGGAUAUGUGCCCGGAGCGCCUAGUCAUAUAUUUGAUGUUGUGUAUAUGAAUGUUAGCUAUUAUUUAUGAUGAAAUGUGACACGCAUGGACCCAGUCUGUGCCCAUUCAUCGCUAUCCUACUGCCUGUUGUAAGUGCAACUUCGUUUCCAAUUAUAUGGAUUAUAUAAUAUUGCAUUUUACCGUUUUCAUUAUGUUUAUGACCUGUUUGACCCAUUUACCGAUGGAUAACUU